GGAAAAACAGUCACAUAAUCGACAUAAUCAAUCUUGGCAGGGUUUCAAUCGCAUUUUCAACUAGCUUCUUUGAAGCUUACUAUCCUUUUUUCAAUAUUUUUUUAUUAUGUGUGUCACAAAUCAUUUUGUAUUUUUCAUAUUUGUUGUUUUUGUUCGUCAAUCGUCGUCCAUUCCUGAGGAAUGCCUGUUGCCUUUCCCACGUAGUUACGUUUCUUACAGUCUUAAACCACAAGAAACUAUAGAUAUUGAUGGAAGGAUUGACGAGGAUGCAUGGAAAAMUGUUGGAUGGACCGAGGAAUUUAUUGACAUUCAAGGGACAAAUUGGCCGAAACCCAGAUUCCUCACCCAAGCUAAAAUGAGAUGGGAUGAGAAGUAUCUGUAYAUUGCUGGUUUUUUACAAGAACCUAAUGUAUGGGCCAAUCAAACAAAACAUAACUCUGUAGUAUUCAAGGAUAAUGAUUUUGAGGUCUUUAUUGACCCAAAUGGAAACACUCAYUGGUACAAAGAGUUUGAAAUAAAUGCAAUUAAUACUACAUGGGAUCUUGAACUCAACAAGCCAUAUAUAAAUGGAGGAACUCCUAACAGUAGCUGGGAAAUGCCAUCUAUGAAAAGUGGUAUAUAUGUAGAUGGUCCAAUCAACAAUCCGUCUUCUAAAGAUUUGUACUGGACUGUUGAAUUGGCAUUGCCUUUCAAGGACAUAGUAUUACACAAUGAUGGGGCCAAUGCACCUCCAAAAAAUGCUGACCAAUGGAGAAUCAACUUCAGUAGAGUUGAAUGGCAUGUAAAAGUUGUUGAAGAUCACUAUGUAAAGAUACCAGGUCUGCCUGAGGAUAAUUGGGUGUGGUCUCCACAGCGUGCCAUAAACAUGCACCUUCCAGAGAGAUGGGGAUUCCUGCAGUUCAGCACUGACCAAGUUAACACAACGAAGUUUGUGGAGACACCAAAUUGGCCGGUGUACUCAUCUCUUGUUCUUGUUUAUGAAGCAGAGAAGAAAUACAACGCCAUAAACGGUUACUACACAUCAAAUCUGAGCCUGCUAGAACUUCCAGAGGUACUAGUGUCUGGUGAUUGUAACGUCAAAAUAGAUGUCGAGGUUAUAAAUACUUAUAAUUUCAAUGCAACAGUUCAAUCUCUAGACCCUAGUCUUGAUUAUUGA